UCACACGUUAGAUCCGGGAGGACUUCCUCCACUCUUCCUGUUGUUACAGAACUGGACGACCAAUAUGUUUUACGAGUCUGACUCCACGAUAAAAGCAGAAAGUCUCAUAUCACUGUAAAACGAGGCAAACGGGGGUUACAGUUCCUAAACAGUGCUUUUGUAGCUGUAGACAGCGUGACGAAACUGCUGAAGACGGAAUGAAAAAUCCAGUUAACUUAUUUAAAAAGUUGACAACUGUAUAAAAGCUGUAAAAACAAAGAUUUUAAAAAUAUUUAAAGAACGUUUCAAACAGCGGGAUGUAUUUACACCGUGUGAUAUGAGAUGGUAAUGGACUAAACUGCUGGUCAUAACGCUUGCGGGUGUUUUGUCCCCUCUGGUCAUCAGUGGGAGUCCCGCUGAUCCCACUGCUGCCCGGGUUGUUUAUCACAGACACUGAUGCUCUGAUGGCUGUGCGCUGGUUAUGCAGGUGGGUAUUUAUCUAAAAGGCACAUCGCACUGCGUUGUUCCUUGUUUACUGGAGUGGUUCUCCGUCUGUUCGGGCGGUUUUGUAGCUUGCUGUGUGUCAGUUUGUGCUGUCGGUGAAGGUGAAUGCUCCCUUUGUUUGUACACUUCAGGGACACAAAGCCUCGCUAAACUGAGAGCACCUGUCCGUCCAAGCGGAUUAUUUUAAAGGCUCGGUGCUAGUUGUUCAAAGCUAAAACGCUCGGUUUUUCAGCCGUUUAUUUAGAGGUAAGGCUAUCUCUGUACGCAUCUUGCCUCUUACACUUUAAACGACACGGCUACGAGUGAGCUAAGCUAGUGACUGACGUUCGUGCACAUAAAAGAUUAAACCACUUCGUCUCCUGGAAGGACGAGAUUAUUGAGGCGCCGCAGUUGUUUUAAAGGCGGGACGGGGCGUGAGUGACCGAGGCUUGUAGCAUCGUGUCAGGAAAGGCGGGACGUUGAGGGACAGCGGUUGUAUUAAUAUAUGAGACGUACGUCUGCGUAGGGAGUGUGUGAGCUCCAGCAGCAGCUCCCUCCUGGUCUCUGAAUUGGUUUCCCCGGUCUGUCUAUCUGCGCCUGGGCUGCGUGGGAUGGGAGGGGCGCCAAUGCAGCUCAGCUCGGCUGAACGCAGAUCUGCUGCUUAAAACCUCCGAAUGCAGACCGGCUGCAAACUCAGCGUGUCAUCGAUUACUGAAGUACCACAAGGCGCCCAACGCUUCAGCAGCACUGCUUAUGGAAACGGGCCUCUUCAGAAAUGUGCGCGAACGUCUUCGGCGUGUUGAAGAGCCUUUUCGGGAAGCCCUUUGAUGGUGGGAAGCGGACCAUGGAUCAUGGCAGCCAGCAGCAGCAGCAGACUCAGCAGAUGCCAGGGCCGUUCCAGGGGUUCGCAGGGCCUCAGGGUCCAUGUCCUGGCCAGCACCCUACCCUGGUACGGCUGGACGAGCUGCAGAGGGAGGUUGCCAUGCUGGGCCAGCAAGUGUGCUCCUUCAGCGGCCUUCAGAGCGACAGAGAGUACAAGCGUUUGGAGCGUGAGCUGACCCGGCUACUGCUGGAGAUCGAUCAGGUGGAGACAGAGGGGCGGAUGGAACUGCAGCAGGCUAGAAAGCGGGCAGCAGGAGAGGUGGAGGGGCUGCUGCGCUACUUGGAGGGCAAUGCCACUCACCCGUCUCGACUAGCCAUAGAGGAGCUGAGCCGGGAGGCACAGAGCCUUCUUUUGGCUGGAGUGGUGGCGCCAUUCCGGCAGGGUCAGGCCCAGGAUGCCUCUGAGACUGGUGAGGAGCUGGUGGAGGCUGUGCAGGAUGUGGCCAUGCGGCUGGCCCAGGUGAAGACAGGUGGGAGCGUGCCUCUCAGAAAGGCUCGGUACCGAGCUCUCACCCGUGUCUGUGCUGUACAGGAAGUGCUGGAGGGCCGCGUGCGCAUGCACACACUCGCACUGCCUUUGUCUGAUGAGACCCAUGAAGCCGUGCAGCGCAUCAAUCAAGUGAUGGUUCAGGUGAGUGGUGCCCGCUGCCAGCUGGUGGCUCUGCUCAUGGGGUUGAGUGGACGUGACAGUUGUGCCCACUUAGCGCGGGUCCUUACCGAGCUGCUGGUGGAACUUGAUGCCCUGGAUGUGUCCAGUAACACAGCGGUCAGGAACUACAGGAAACAGGUGGUGGAGGAGAUCAAUGGCCUACUCAAACACAUCGACCUGGAGGGGGAGGGAGAUGACACUUUCAGGUAUGACUUGGCCCAGAACGACUCCAUCCGUGAGAUUGAGGCUAUCCGAGGGCGCGUCUCUGUGCUACGUGGGGAGGUCCUCCGGCAGGGUGUAGCAGGGCAGGGGGCGGAGCUGCAGAGUCUUUUAACUCAUCUGGACGAAGUAGACACAGGGCGGAACCCCUGCAUCAGGGAGGCACGGCGAAGGGCUGUGCUUGAGAUCCAGGCUGUCAUCACCUACCUGGACCUCCAGGAAGCCCUCGGGCGCCGUAAUCCUGGCGCGGAUGAACCUCCGCCUCAUGCGGCUGUGUGGCGCGUUCUGGCCAGCUUGUCCGACUUGCAGGCCCAAGUGCUAGGCUUUGACGGUAAGAGAGCUGACAAGAGCUACAUGGUGCUUGAGGAGUUGCUGACCAAACAGCUGCUGGCUCUGGAUGCUGUGGACCCUCAGGGGGACCAGGGAACCAAAACUGCCCGUAAGCAAGCAGUCAAAUAUGCCCAGAACAUCCUCAGCUACCUGGACAUGAAGACGGACGAGUGGGAAUACUGAGAGCGAGGAGAAGUGGUGCAGAACGUUGGAAUUAAGUGGAAAAAGUGCUUUGAAAAAGUUUUGUGCCUAGUUUAUGUUAUGACAGUAAAGGACAAGAACAGUGCUGUGGACUUGGUCACAAACAAAAAAAACAUGUAGUUUGUAUAUAAGAAACUUUGCCCUGGACAGUAGAACUCUUACCCCUACAUGCACUGCAGUUGCUGCUUUUGAUUUUGUCUGGUUAUCACCCUCAUAGUUGUACCUGAAAACAGCAGUUUUGUUCAAUACAUUUGUCUGCAAGCAAACAAACAUACACAGCAUUCAAGUGUUAUUGUUACAAUUCCGACUCCAUCAUGUGCUUCUGCGCUUCUAGAGGUUUCUCCUUUUCAUAGCUCAACUUGUGCUGUUGAUUGAUGUGGUGUGGUGCUAAACCCUGUUUUGCUGCCAAAAAAACCUGCUUCCUGGUGGACCAUUUGCCUGUGUGGAGCUUCUCGUAACUGGGAGGAGGUUCAGAUGCAGUCUUUACUCAGUAUAGAUACAACACCAGACUGUAGAAAUACCUACAUAAUGACUUCCAAAACCCACCUCACUAGUGUGGCAGCGCAUAGCCACAUGAGUUACACAAAACAGGCAGUCCGUAUUUGAACUCUGUGGAUUUCGUUUGCUGGACUGAGUGAAUCUCGAGAUCUCUCACAAACCCAGAUGUAGUCCCAGCUACUCUGACCCAAAUAUGACAGCUAAUCUGAGUCAAAGAUAGUAUGAAGUCUUUUCACUCUCAUCAUUCCCUGUGUUUCUUGUGUUCAGUCUUUAGUUUUUAUUUUGUUUUUAAGCUCAUGUUGACAAAAGGCAGACAUCCAUAGCAGAUAUGGAAAAUGCUGUGUGGGAGACAUUUGGGAAGUUUUUUGUUCCCAUGAAGAGUGGUGUGGGAGUGGAGCAGGCAGGCCCUGAGGUCUGUUAGAAAGAGAUUAGUUGGAAAAAAUCAAUUCUCCAAAUCAACACCCAAGCUGUCUUCUGUGUAUAUACCAUGUAAUGCAGUUUCAGCAUGAUCCAAUAGAGGAGGGGUGAAAAUGUAUUUAGCUGUUGUGAGCUGAAGUGUUAGAAGGCCAGUUUUCCAGUCUGCAACCAAGUCAGUGGAGGAGUAAUGGAAAGACUGAAGGCUUUUCUGGUCUUCCUUACUGGUUGUCAUUGUUAGGAGAAAAGUGUGUCUCAAAGCCUUCUGGGAACAUGGUGUGUGGAUAUGUGUGUGUGUGUCUGUUUUAUUUUUGGGCAUGACAGUGAUCAAAGCAGACAGGGGCAUUCUAGAACAUUCUGCACAGGAGUGGGAGAGGGUGACGGGCUAUUAAAAAAGCACCUAAAAAUCUUAAUGCCCCCUUUUUCCGUGCUUAAAUGGUCAGAGUUGUCAUGGUAACUGACAUUAGGGCUCUGUCCCCUCCUCCUGCUGAGGUCAUAGGAACGUUCUCCUGGUGGUCAGUGAGUCAUGCUGCAGUUUGAUCAGAUUAACACUUCAGCUCUUAGUAACUAGCCUCUCACCAGCCCUGACAAUCGCUGUUUUCCUUUGUCAUCAGUUUUUUUUGCUUCUGAGACACUGCAGGAGGAUGUUGUUUGUUGGUCAUGAAAAACAGAGCAGGAGUGUCAGCUUCAUGUGUUUAAAUAUUCAUCAGAAGCACAAGGCCUGGGGUGAUCAGUGCAUGCCGUGGCCAGUAAUGUGGCAUACAUUUGCACUCAAGACUGAUGAGGGAGCAUCCUGUGUUUUGAUAUGUUUGUUUAAGUUAUCAAAAUGCAAGAUGCUACUUUUUUGUUUGCAGUAGAGCCUGUGGAUUUUUUUGGUAUCACCAAAUACCACAAUGUAUGGAUUAUUAGUGAUGACAAUGCCAGGAUUUGAGCUCUCCUAACAAUAGGGUGCAACCUUAGGAAUGAUGGUUAUAGUUAUCACCAGAAUAACAUCUUAAAACACACAAAAAAAACAUGUUUCUAUGAAGAGAACAAAUGAAGACAGGAAAAAUGAAAGUUAAUUAACUGACACUAAAA